AUGAAACCGCAAAUCAACAGUCGACUUGUUCGACUUGGAUCCAUCAUCCUCGUCAUUUUCUGCCUGUGUUUUCUAUUCCGUUACUUACUAGACCUCGAACAACAAAACACACUGCGCAAAGAGCAAGAGGAAGAAGCAGCUAGACUCACACUGAAAACAGAACAAGAGUUAGAAAAGAAACUGCUUUUGGAGCAAGCGAUAGAAAAGGAAAAGGAACGCAUUCAAAAAAUCCUCGACAGCAGAGCCGUCAUUGAGCCUGACCUCACUUUAGAAAAUACCAAUCAAGACUUGUUCAAGAAAUACUAUAUCGCCGUUCCAACACCCGUAGAACCAUGGACAGACGAAACGCUUCAAUUACUGAAAUCGCCCCUGGGCCAGCAAAUCAAGGCUGAUUUACUGACUGUGCCUGAAAGCAUGCCAGAUUUCAAGACGCUGACAACCCAGGAACGAGUUUGGAAAUCUCUGUUUCAGUAUUUUGACCCCAUCUUGGCAGAAGGCAAAGUGGAUGUCAUUCGAGAUCCGUUGUAUAAGGACACGUGGAAGCUGUACAAUCAACUGGAAGAAGCCAUUUUCCCUUGGAUCCGACCUUAUUGGAAGAAUGUUUUUGAAAUGAACCUGAAAUCACAGCACACGCAAGGUAUCGUCAUGUGUGUGGGCAAUGGACAGUUUAAGCACGCAGCCACCUCUGUCCAUGCUGUUCGAGAGAUCCUCAAGUCAGACUUGCCAAUCGAAAUCUUUUAUAUCGAUGGAAACGACUUAUCGCAGGAGAAGAUUGACUAUUUCAACUCAAUCCCCAAUGUCAAAACGCAAGACAUUUCGAAACGCAUCAACAACUAUUACACUCGAUUUGGAGGAUGGGCGCUUAAACCCUAUGCCAUUUUGGCCAGUAGCUUUACUGAAGUCAUUUUGAUGGAUGCCGAUGUGUUUAUGGUCAAGAAGCCCGAGUCAUUUUUCCAAGACGAGGGCUACCAGAAGACGGGUGCUUUGUUCUUUUUGGAUCGCACCUUGUUCAACAACUACCACGAGGGCCGCAAAUGGCUCAAAUCAUUCUUGCCCACGCAUAGUACGUACCUCAAAGAAUCGAGAUGGUGGAAGACAACCUCUACUCAUGAACAAGAAUCUGGUAUUGUUGUGAUUAACAAGAGAAAAGGGCUGUUUGGUCUGCUGGCGACAUGCAAGAUGAACGACAAGCUGGAGAGAGACCGAGUUUCCUAUAGACACUCACAUGGAGACAAGGAAACCUUUUGGAUUGGGUUUGAGAUGAUUCAAGCACCCUACGCAUUUGUUAGAUCAUACGGUGCUGUGAUUGGUGGAUUGGGCGAUGCAGGUGCAGCAGGAACUGUCUGUGGCAAUCAACUUCAUUUGGAUACAAACAAUAGACCUUGGUGGUGGAAUGGCGGCAUCCUCAGAGACAAAAACAAGUGGGACAAUAGAUAUCUGAAAUUUACACACUUUGCUGAAGGCGAGGAUUGGGAAUUUGGCACUUCUUGCAUUAAGGAAACAGACAAGAUCAAGGAAUUGAACGAGCACGAAAAGUCUAUAGGGGCUCAACUGAUUGCCAUGGAUAAACAGCGCAAAAAGGAGCAACAGGGUAGUAAUUUAGCUGAAGACGAUGAAUAA